CAAUAAAUGGAAUAAUUUAUUUUUUACACCUAGAUUUAAAUAAUUCAUUUAAAAUAAGUGUGAUUUAGUUUUAGCGAAUAUGUUGAGCCAGAAGCUGAUGCUGUUUGUUAUUGUUUUCGCGACGUUUUAUGCGUUAUUCGCGUAUGGGCAAAAGGUUGACAUUUCCCUAUAUUUCGAAGCUCUAUGUCCCGACAGCCUAAACUUCAUCAUAAAUCAACUGCAUCCCAACUGGGAAGACAUCAAAGACCACGUGAACAUCAAGUUUAUUCCAUUUGGAAAAAGUCACAGUCUUGAGGGAGGAACGAGAUUCGUUUGCCAACACGGCUCCAAGGAGUGCAAAGGCAAUCGGAUAAUGUCUUGUGCCCUCCACAGGAUUCCGGACCAAACAUUACAAGUCCAGUAUCUAAGAUGCUUCAUGGAUGUAUACAAGAAUGUGGUUUUUAGUGAUAAUGAGAAUGGCAGCAAGUGCGCCGUUCUUUUAAACUUAGACUCAACUGACAUUACUGAAAACUGUUACAACACUAAGGAAGGUACAAAGUUACAACUGCAGGCGGAAAUCGAUACGAAUACAGUUGGGCCAAAGUUCGUUCCCACCAUAGUCUACAACGGGGUUUUCGACCAGCGUUUGCAAGACAGAAGCUUAAGUAACUUCAGGGACGUAGUGUGCGGUCUAAUAUCUCAAUAUGAUUCACAAGGGUGUAGCCGUAGAACUUUGAUUUCUAUUUAAAAAUUGAGCACUAUAUUAAUUUAAUUUUAUUAAAAAAAAAGUAUGUUGCAUAUAAUCGUGUUAAUUAAUUAUAGUUUAGUAAGUUUUCUCUUGUAUAUAGUUCAGGUCUUUUGAUGGUUAAAAAUGAGCGAAGCUUGUGAUUUAUUACUAUAAUGAAUAGAUUUUAAUUUAAUACAAAUUUGAAACAAUAAAAUGGUAAAAAUAUAAAGGAAAAUACAGUCGGAUUAUUGCUCUGGUUUCUUUUACGCCUUGGCUUAGUUGCUACCAAUGUUUGUUUAAUGAAUAAUUAACAUUGCAAAUGACAUGUAUCGGAUAAAUUGGAAUCUAAUAAAAUGUAAUUAUUAAAUAAUUUAAGGAUGUUCUCUUAGACUAAGGGGCUUAAAGACCUGAAUGGCUAAAUUAUCCUUGAAACAAGAACAAUAUAAAUAAAAAAAUAUUAAUUAUUUAUCUUGAAAUGUUAGAGAUUUCCCUGUAAUUGCGUUUGAUUUUAUUAUUCCAAGCAGCUAAGUCAUAAAGUAUGGUUUUUGUUAAAUUAUUUAUAAAAUUAUUGCAACAAUAAAUAAUUAUUAAAAAAAAUUGAUAAAAUAAAAAAAACACUUACCUGCUAUUGUCUUUAUAAUGAUUCAAAUUUAUAUGAAACAAAUAAGCAAAAAAAUUGUUCUCUCUUUUUUUACAACCUGUAUAAUUUAAAUAUUAAUUAUUACAUAAAUUUUAAAAAAAGUUUGACGUGCACUGGUUUGCACCUAGACGAUUAACUGGAUCAAUUUAGUAUGAGUUAAAGGGAGACAGAGCGUGACGAAUUCCAAUGGCCGUCAAAAGUUUGAUCGAGCUUAUGUUUAUUAUUUUUUUACAUUAAAAUUCUAUUAAGAAAAUAUAAGUAUUUUAUUUAUUUUUUUUUUUAAUAUUUUUUUAUACUCUCUAUAUUUGAAUUACAUUAUUUUUAAUAAAAAAAAUUAUAUUUUUAGUACCGGC